ACCCAGUCUGUAUCAAAACGAGGCGUUGCGAUCAACAAAUAUGGCUGCCGUAGAUCAGAAUUCCAAUGCUGUCUUGCAAGGUUUAGCUCGGCACGUGAAUACUUUAGGCGAAGACAAUAAAUUAGCGCGAAGGAAGGCUCUAGAAAAUAUUAGAAAAGAUACUUUUUCAAGAAAACCACCAUUAGACCCAACGGAAAUUAAACCAAUUCUGAAUGAAAUAUUGAAACCUUUGUUGAAGGAAUUUUCAGAUCCAGUCGAAAAAUGCAGGGAGCUGUCAUUAGAUAUUUUACGAAGUUUCUUGAAGAGUGUGGAAAAACCAGAAGAAUACUUACCUUAUGUCAUCCCAGUUCUCGUACAAAGACUUGGGCAACCAGAAAUUACAGAGCCUUCAGAGGAACUUAGACUGAUACUUGUUGAAUUUCUUAAAGAAAUUCUAGAACGUUCUGAGAAAAAUAUUGCAAUUUAUGUGGAUGACAUGAUUAAAAUUUUGCAGCGUACUAUCAUAGAUCCUUUUGCAGAUGUAAAAAAGUUGGCAUGUCAGUGUACAUCAAUUUUGGCCAAGGCUGUUCCGGAACAUUUUCAUAUGCAAUCAGAAUCUCUAAUCAAACCUUUAUUACAAGCCAUUUCUCACCAGCACUCAAAAGUCAGAACAAUAGUAGUUUAUACUAUAGGGGAUGUCAUACAGUAUGGUAGUAACAAACCAGUGGACACAGUGGUAUCACACUUAGCUCAGCGAUUAUUUGAUCAAACCCCUGCUGUAAGAUUGGCAGUGAUUAAGGUUGUAGGUAACUGGUUAUUGGACCUUUGUGAUCGCUACUCGUUCUGGAACAAACUUAUUCCUCUACUUCUCACUGGUUUAUCGGAUGAACAGCCUUCUAUCAAGGAGACAGCUGACUCUCUCUGGCAUGAUGUUGGAUUAAAGUUUGCUAAUGAGAAUGAGGAUGAUCUGAAAGACAAGAUGGACUUUGCAAAAGCUGAUCCUAAACAUUACCCACCUGGAGUGGAAAGGCCAAAUCUUGGGUGCAGAACCUUGAUGAUGCGUCAUGUUUCAAGAAUAUUGCCGGGUUUGAUGCGCGAUGUGGUAGACUGGGUAACGGAAACUCGUAAGAAGUCUGCUGGCCUCUUGUACUAUCUUCUGCUGAACUGUGAGGAAUAUAUUACUCAGCAUAUGGAACUUCUCACAUCAGGAAUGUAUAAAGCAUGUGCAGAUGAGGAACAGUCUGUUGUUAAGGAUAUACAAAGAUCAGCUGAGCUUAUUGGCUACUUUGUCGAAGUUGAAGUUUGGAGUAAGUUGAUAUUGAAGAGUGUUAAAAGCUCUCAGCAUUUUACAUCAAUGAUGGUACUAUCCUCGGUUAUACAUGGAACAGCUAGAGACGAUUUGAAACCUUACAUACAGACAAUUCUUGACACUCUAACAAUACCAGAUGUCUGUCAGAGUGUUCAGGUAGCUGUUCAGGUACAGUUGCUGUCAUGUUUAGAGUCAUUGCUGACUGUAUCCAGUACAGAUAUUGCAGAAUCAUCAGAAUCAACCCAGUCCGUGUUCAAUCUACUACAUACCAUACUAGCCAUUCAACAAGGAGAACUUAUAAAAGAAAAGGUAUUUGAAUUAUUGGAUAAGUUAGCUACUUUGGAGGGUCUUGACAACAGGAAAAUGUUAUAUAAAACCCAUACAAAACCUCUGCUGGACAGUUUUCAUGAUACGUACCAAGUGUGGACAACACAUUCUGUGGAAAGACUCGUCUUUGAUGGUCUUAUAUUAGAAGCAGGUCCAGUAGUUGGAGAUAUAUUAGAAGAUGUGAUGCCAAUACUGACAGCUAACUUUCAUCCGGAUAAAGAUCCUGAAGUGCGUCUCAAAUUCUUCUCCCUCCUUUCUCAUCUUAUGAUGAACUGCAAGGACACUGUUGAUUCUGGCGAUAAAUUUGCUGACUUUGCAGAAAUUGUUGUUAGAGACAUGAUCCUGCCAAACUGUGUAUGGAAAGCUGGGCGUGUGGCCAGCGCAAUCAGAACCACAGCAGUGUCAUGUGCCUGGGCUCUCCUGCAGAGUGGAGUGCUCACCAAAGAAAAGCUUGAACCAAUAUUGGACAACUUCAUCACUCAGAUGUUAGCUAGUAUGGAUGAUGAUAAUAAGGGUACCAGGCUGGUUGCCUGCAGGGUCAUGACUCGAACAUUUGACCUUGCCGGUGGCAGUAUCAACCAGGAUCGACUACACAACAUGUACCUGGAGCUGUUGAAGAGACUGGAUGACAGCAGUGAUGAGAUUAGACUGAUGGUUUCUAAAACGUUCCUGGCAUAUCUAGACAGCUUUGAGCAGGCUUAUGAUGUUCAACUUUAUAGAGCUCACCUAGAAGCAAUGUUUAAAGGCUUGUUGGUGCACUUAGACGAUCCUGAUGAGAAAAUACAGGAGGCUAUCUUAGGUGUUCUAAAGAAAGCAGGAGGUUUACUGCCUGGCAUGCUCAUACAAGAAGUUGAGACAACAAAACAUAAACAUAGGUCGAAAAAAUAUUGUGAGGAACUAGUGGGCUAUUUACAGAAGUUGUCAACUCAAUCGUCAUAGCAUAUGAUGAGUCAUGGUUCAAUAUACUAUCAUCACACAAGAUCUGUCCAUUUCAUUUCAAUGAUUUAUGUAUAUGUGUAGUGUUUAUGUAGAAGUGAAUGAAGUGUGCUUGUGUAUUAUUGUAUUAAAGAUCUAUUUAUUACAAAAAUUGAUGCAGUAAAUUUGUUUUAAAAUUUCAAAGAGUGUAAAGAUACGAGUGACGAAAUAUGCUGUGUAAAUUUCCAUUGUUUUUAUAACACUAUGAUAGUUUCUUAAAGAAUUUUGACUUAGAGUGUCACUGUUAUUUAAUGUAACAGAUAUGACAAGUUAGUAGAGAAUAAAAUGUUAUAUUCCUAUGAUAAGAAAUGUUUUGCGAUGAUUCUGUGCAUGGGCUGCUUUUUCAAGGAAAUUUACAAACAUCAUGCUUUCAAUUUUGUUACUUUAUUUUUGUUCUUGUCAGGAUGCAAACAAUUAUUGUUAUGAAUACAAAAUACCCAAUAUAAUUCUGUUUUGUCAUGAAUUUUAAAGAUACAUUGUAUAUGUAUAUAAGGUAAUUUACACUGCUGGAACCAAAAGUGGUUAGCCUUUGCCACCAGUAUAGAGCUAGGCCAGCCUGUACAAACCAGACUCUAUAGUGUUGGUAGCUAAAAUUUAGUACUUUGUAAUCUCUUAAAAAUUGAAAUGGCCUGUUCCAUAUCCAGAGCAAAGCAAGCCCUGGACAAUUUCCUCGUAAAUAGAAUAAUGAAAAUCAUUUCCAUUUUGACCACGCUAUAACCCUCUUAUCAAAGGAAUUCAAAAUAUUACAACAUGUAAAUUUUUAUUUUUUGAUAUAAAAACAGUGCAAGAGAUUGUAUGAAUAUUGUAGAUGCUUUUCUGUAGAAGGAUGUGCUUGUCACUGCCAAAUAAGAGUUUGUUAUUGAAGAAUGUAAUAUAAAAUAUUUAUGUAAGAUUAAAUGUGUAUGAAAAAUCUAUAUCAAAACAUUA